CAGUGACACCAUUAUAAACUUAUUGUCCUUUUCUCCAAAAGCAAUGUGUUACCGUAGUAUUGAAAUCAUAGGCGUAUUGCAUCUUGUACAGGCUUGCUGUGUGUUGAUUCAGACAUGGUUACAGACAUGAUUGUCCUAAUCUAGCCCCUGACAGCAGCUGACCUUAGAAUAGAAUCCUGUCCUGAUAUGCCAGGUCUGGGAUGGGUGCCACCCAGAGUCCAUUGCAUUCUGGGAUGGUUACUCAAAGAAGCAUGGAGCCACAUCAUUAUCAUGGGUUGCCAGUUCUGUCUGGAAAAUAAUAGUUCCUUUAAAUAGACACAUAGAGCCUUUAGGUACAUUCACAUGCCUCUCACGAGGCAGACCCAUUUCCUAAAACUAGUUCAAAAAUCAUAGGGGCUACCACUGGAGAGCAUUUUUCAUAUUAAUUGAUAUGUUCUUUCUUUCUCUAAUAGAAUUGUAGCCAACCCAUCACACCCCUUUCAUAGCCAAUAUACAAACUGCAAGAGCACUGUUUUCUUUUUCCCCUACAAACUACUAUUCUAAAGCAGUCUUUACAGUCGUUCUAAUCUGACAUUGGAGUAAGUGUUGUGUCUCAUGAAUGUUUCAUGUUUCUUUGUUAUCUAAUGGAUCAGUGUAGAAGCUUGUUGUUAUCGUCAUUAAUGUGUGUUAAAAUGUAACAUGUUAACACUUUAACUUCAUCUCAUGUUAAUGCUAUGCAGCACACCUUCCCUUUGGAGCAAUAAAGUGUAAAUAAUUUCCAUCUAAAAACACUUUUUUCAGUUCAUAUUACAGCCCAAUUUGAAGAUAGAUUACAGUCUCGGUCAGAAUCUACUCCUGGUUGUGUGUAUUACCUUAGCAGUACAACUCUAAAGCAGUGCUCUUCCAUAUUGAAUCUGGGACAUCUGAGUAUCAUUCCAGCUUUGCACCAUGUGGUGAUAUCAUUGCAGACUCAGGGGUCCUUCAGGCAUUCCUGUAAGGACCACAGAAAGCCCAGGGUGAAACUAAGCACUUUUGGACUGCUAGUCUCACAGUGGUUAGGUACUUUCUCAUGAUUCACCAGCGCCUUGUUCUGAUUGGUGGAGGAGUCCAGAUAUAAGGCGGAGAGCGACUCAGCCUGCCACAGCCUACAGACUCUCAGCAUGGAGCUCACCUGCACCCUCCUCCUGGCCCUGCUGGCCCUGGGCUCUGGAAUUCCCCUCUCCUCGGAAGAGACUGACAACCGCCUGUUAGCUGAGAAAUAUCUCCGUAAGUUUUACCACCUGCCAAAUGGACUCCAGGGAUCCCGUAAGCCCUCAGGCAGCUUUGAGAGCAAAGUCCGGGAGAUGCAGGCUUUCUUCGGCCUGGAGGUGACGGGCAGCCUUGAUGACAAGACCCUGGAGGUCAUGCAGCAGCCCAGGUGUGGAGUUCCUGAUGUGGCUGAAUACAACGUCUUCCCCAGGAACCUCAAAUGGGAAAAAACCGAAGUGACAUACAGAAUAGUCAACUACACUCCUGACUUACCCAACUCCGAUGUGGACAAGGUGCUCCAUAAAGCACUGAAGGUGUGGAGCGGUGUGACCCCUCUGACCUUCAGGAGGAUAAAAGAGGGCAUUGCAGACAUCAUGAUCCAGUUUGGACAUGGAGAGCACGGAGACUUCAAUCCUUUUGAUGGUCCAAAUGGUCUGUUGGCCCAUGCCUAUCCCCCUGGUCAGGGCCUGGGAGGAGACACCCACUUUGAUGAAGAUGAGAAGUGGACAGAAGACUCAGAAGAGUAUAAUCUGUUUCGGGUGGCGGUCCAUGAGUUCGGUCACGCCCUCGGCCUGGCUCACUCUGCAGACCCAGGGGCCCUGAUGUUCCCCAUCUACUCGUACACUACAGGAUACCCCCUGUCUGAAGAUGAUGUGGAAGGGAUACAGUCUCUCUAUGGGAAAAACCCUGAUUCGGACAAAAAAGUGCAUCCUAAGCCAGUGGCCCCAAACAAAUGUGACCCAAUGCUGACAUUUGAUGCCGUGACAGAGCUUAGAGGAGAAACACUUGUCUUCAAAGGGAGAUUUUAUUGGCGACUGCAUCAAAACAUGCCUGAGCCUGAGCUGACCCUGAUCAAGUCCACGUGGCCAAUGCUCCCAAACAGAGUGGACGCUGCGUUUGAGAACCCUAGCAAGGACAGGGUGUACAUAUUCAGUGGCAUCCGUAUGUGGGCCCUUAAUGGCUACGACCUGGUGGAAGGCUACCCGAAAUACAUCCAUAAACUGGGCCUACCAAAGAAAAUCAGAAAGAUAGAUGCUGCUGUGUACAUUCCAGACACGGGCAAGACCCUUCUCUUCACUGACGAAGACUACUGGAGCUAUGAUGAAGAAUCAGGCCAGAUGGACAGUGGAUAUCCCAGAUCCAUUGAGGAUGAUUUCCCUGGAAUAGGAGAUGAAGUGGACGCUGCUGCAUAUCAUUAUGGACAUUUGAAUUUCUUCCGCAAAAGCCUGCAGUUUGAGUACAGCUACAACUCACGGAAAGUCAUCCGGCUCUUGAGACCUAACUCUUUUCUCAAUGCAGUGUGUUAAUUAACAAGUGAAAGAAUGAAGUAUGCAGGACAAUACUACUCUAUUUAUGAAACUGCUGUAUUUGUGCAUCUGCUGGGCCAGGUUUGAUUGCUGAUGUAAAUGUGAUUUAUCACCCAUAAGAGGGUGCUACUGAUGACAUGUCUAAUGGACAGAAUGUUUUUAUUACUUAUUUAAUUAUAUAAUUCAUACAACAUAAAAAUGUCUGUGUGCACACAUAAAAUGUACUUGCGUUGGAACCUAUUAUAAAAUAUUA